AUGAGAAGAGAAGACUCCCUAGAAAAGACCCUGAUGUUGGGAAAGAGGGAGGGCACAAGGAGAAGGGGACGAGAGAGGACGAGAUGGUGGGACAGUGUUCUUGAAGCCACUAACAUGAGUUUGACCAAACUGCGGGAGGCAGUGGAAGACAGUGGAAGACAGUGGUGCCUGGCGUGCUCUGGUCCAGGGGGUCACAAAGAGGCGGACACGACUAAACGACUCAACAACGAAUAUCAAGAUGUGGAAAAAUGGAAACAAAAUGUGGAAAAUAUGGAAAGCACAAGGAGAAGCAGGACCAAUAAUAAUGAUUAUUAUGGAUUACAAUUGGAAGUAGGGAUAAGAAGUUUGUAA